CCGCUAGUUACCGCUGCCGCCCGGGCCUACGGCCGCCGGAUUCCGGGCCUCGGCUCCUUCCCCCGUGGUGCUGCCGUCAUGUCGGCCAAGGCCCAGAUGCGGGAGAUGUUGGACCAGUUGAUGGGCACCGGCCGCGACGGUGACGUCAACCGGCAGAAGGUGAAGUUCACAGAUGACCGAGUUUGCAAGGCGCAUCUCCUGGGAUGCUGUCCACACGAUAUUCUCGCGGGGUCGUCCCCCUUCUGUAUGCAGUUGUCUCCUGAACACCUCCCCCUUUCUGUGCCCACAGAAAAUGGACGUGGGGGGGUGUAAGAAGCUCCACGAUGUGGCUCUGCGUGCCGACUAUCUCAUCGCAUCCAAGACCAAGGACUACCUCUUUGAAAAGGAGGCCAUGUCAGCGCUGGAGGAGUUUCUUAGCGAAUGCGACCGCAAGGCUGAGCAGGACAAAGAGAAAUUGGUGCUGGUCCAGAAAUCUUUCAGUACUGAGAUCAUUGCCAAGGUGGAGAAGGUUCAGAUGUUGAAUGAGGACAUUGGCAAGUUGCUGGCCCGCGCCGAGCUCCUGGGUUCCAGCGGCAUCCUCGACCAAUCACAGCGGGUGCUGGAGGAGGUGGAGAGGCUAACGCAACUCAAGAAGGAGUCUGAGGAGGAAUAUCGCAACAACAUCCCGACGUGCAGCCUGCAGCAGCAGAAGUUGCGAGUGUGUGAUGUGUGCGGUGCCUAUCUGGGGCUGCAGGAGAAGGACAAGCGGCUGGCCGAUCACUUCCGCGGCCGCCUACACAUGGGCUUCAUGGAGAUCCGAAGCAAACUACAGCAGAUCAAGAAGACGCUCAGCCAGAAGCUGGGAACACCGGAGACAGAGACAUCUCGACAGCGGGAGGAGCGCAGGCCGGAACGGCGUUUGUCUGACCGGAGGCUGAAGCACGCCCCCAGACCCAGGGACAUGAAGAGGACGUCUAGCCUCUCCCACGAGGGGAAGUGGCCGGCACCAUCUCGUUUCCGGGAAUACAGAGACCGCCCCUUCUACCAGCGGCCUCCAGGAUCAAUGCCCCUCCCUCCACCACCCCAGUACGACCGACCCUGGUCCCGCUACCUGGAACCGCAGCCCCCCUUCUUCCGAGGACGAGACCCACAGACGCUCUACGACCCCUACGACAUGUACGAAAGAAACCUCCACCGGCAACACCUUCUCGAGGAACGUCGAGACCGGUUCUCGAGAGAGGGGGUCCACCCCUUUGGAAUCCAUCCUGCCUUCUAGAACUGGCCUCCUAGGAACACUUCUUUCCACUCGUCCUUCCUCGACCUCCAUUUCCUGUCCCCCUCGCUCUCCAUCCCCCCAGCCUCCAUCUAUCUGCUGCUGGUACUCGCACAGAUCUAGCUCCCCACCCCCCCCCCCACCAAACUGUUCUUUGUACAAAAUGGUUG